AUGGCAAAAAUUGGUAAGAAAAGAUUAUCUGCUCCUGGAUAUAUUAUUGAAACUCCAUUAAGGGGUGUUACAAAGACACAUCUUAAAAAAAGUUUAAAAAAGAGACAGUCUUGUGGUGCAGUAUUAAAAACAAUUGGGAAUAAUAGUUUUUCGACAUCUGCAGAUAAAUCAUUAAAUGAAAGCAAGUUAUCUCUUCAAAAUAUAUCAAUUUCUCCACAUUCAUUAACUCAGAAAUUACAAGAAUUUGGUAAGGAAUAUUUAAAAAAUGGUGAUGUUAAAGAUAUUCCUGAUGCAGUUGGUAUAUCAGAACAAGAUCUUUCUUUUUCUGUUGAAGAAUUUGAAAAUAAAAAGAAGGAAUGUCUUAGUAAAUGUAAAAAUGCGGAUGCUUUAGAGUCAUCCCAUGCUAUAAAUUUAGAUUUGUCUGAUGCCGUUUUGGUUGGUGCCAAAUGCUUGUUAACUGAGAAAAUUGCAACAAGAAGUGUUACAAAAAAAAUAUGUGAAGAGACUGGAGCGACAGAAGAACAAAUUUUAUUUGAUCAUAAUAAUUGUAUUCCUGAAAAUAAAUGGACAGCUGAAGUUGAUAGAAAGAUAAAAGACAACAUCUUUGAAACUUUAUCUGAUUUAAAAUCACAAAUCUCAUUAAAAUCAUCUAUCUUGGAUAAUAUUAAAAGUCCUGAUGAAGUUAAGAAGAGACUUCGUAUUAAUUCUAGUAGCAACAAAGUUAACGAAGAAUUAAUGAAAACGCCGGUAAAUAAUGGACGUAUUGAUCCUUUAAGUCAUACAAAAAUACAAGAAGAAUAUGCUGCUCGUGUUGCUAGUAAUCUUCGUCAUAGACGUCUUCUCAAGAAAAAUACUACUUCUUUUUUUCUUCCAUAG